AUGUGCGGUUCAGGGACGUGGAACGUGCUCACGAGACGCGGGAAGAGCGCCUUUGCUCUGCGCGUCCCUCGAGUUCAGCCGCCUUUCCGUCUGUCGGUCCCAGCGCCCUGCGGACUCCGGAACAUCGAGGCGCGCGUGGUGGGAGGCCAGGACGCAGGGCGCGGCUUCUGGCCGUGGCAGGGCAGCCUUCGCUGGCAGAGAAACCACCGGUGCGGAGCCAGCCUGCUCAGCCACCGCUGGGCGCUCACAGCCGCGCACUGCUUCCAACAGUCCAGGGAUCCAUCAGACUGGAGUGUGCAGUUUGGGGAGCGAACUGCGCAGCCAUCUUUCCUGAACCUGCGGGCCUACUACAACCGUUACCGGGUGGAGAAGAUCGUGCUGAACCCCAAGUUUCAAGGGUAUUCACCCUUUGACAUCGCCCUGUUGAAGCUGUCGUCCUCCGUCACCUACAGAAAGUACAUCCAGCCCGUCUGUGUCGUGGACUCCACCGAGAGGUUCCAGAACAGGACUGACUGCUGGGUGACCGGCUGGGGGAAGAUCCAAGAGCAGGGAACAUCACUGGAGCCCCCCUACAACCUCCAGGAAACCCAGAUCUCCAUUAUCAACAACACCAUGUGUAACCACCUCUAUCGCCGGCCUGAUUUCCGCUCCUUCAUCUGGGGCGACAUGGUCUGUGCAGGCACAGAGGACGGGAGCAAAGACGCCUGCAACGGUGACUCGGGCGGCCCGCUGGUCUGCGAAGUGAGCAGCGUGUGGUACCAGGUCGGAGUCGUGAGCUGGGGCGUGGGCUGCGGCCGCCCAAACCGGCCCGGCAUCUACACCAACGUCAGUGAGCACUUCCGGUGGAUGCAGGAGCUGAUGGACCAUAGUCUGGCUAGGACGGACACCUCCUCGCCUCUGCUCCUCCUGGUUCUGCUGCGGGCGCCCCCGCUCCUGUGGCCGGCCUGA